ACAGACAGCCCCCCUGUCCUGAGCUGAGCUCAGCCCGCAGGAUGGUGGUGUGUGUGAAGCGGUGCUGGAGCAGAGAGCGUAGGGUCGCGGUCGUGUCGGUUUAUUAGCCGCGGUUUUGUGAAGCUCAGGUGGGGGAAUGGAUUUACUCGCUCCGCUGCUGCUGUUAAUACUGGCCGGGUUCAGUCCAGCUCCGGCUCUGGCAGCCCUGCAGCCGUUCAUGCCGAAUGUGUGUGUGGAGCGAGAAAGAGUGAUUCAGGUUCAGAAGCAGCCCUGUGUGCAGGCCUUCACCCGCAUGGUCAAAGUUUGGAAGCAAGGCUGCCGAGGAGAUGUCUGGUGUGUGGGCUAUGAAAGGAGGACUGUGUACUUCACAAGCUACCGGCAGGUAUACAAGCAGGAUUAUCAGACAUCGUACAGAUGUUGCCCUGGCUGGUCUCAACUCAGUGGGGAGGCUGGCUGCUUGUACCCUGUCUGCAGUUAUGGUGUGUGUUUUAAUGGAGGUUCGUGUAAAGGAGGUUCAUCCCGACUCUGUGAGUGUCCUCCAGGGUUCAGAGGACCCAGUUGCCAAUAUGAUGUGAAUGAGUGUGAGGAAUCGACUGCUGAUUGUGAGGGACUCUGCUGCAACACUAUUGGCAGCUUCUACUGCAAGUGCUCCAGUGGUUUUACACUCAGAGAUGAUGGAAAAACCUGUGAAGACGUGGAUGAGUGCCAGGUCCAUAACGGAGGCUGCCAGCACAGAUGUGUGAACACUAGAGGCUCCUACUACUGCGAGUGUAACCCGGGCUUUCGCCUGCACACCGACGGCCGCACCUGUAUAGCUGUGCUGUCCUGUGCUAUCAGUAAUGGAGGCUGUGAACAGGAGUGUGUGCAGCUCUCUCCCGCUCACUUCCAGUGUCGCUGCAGACACAGAUACCAGCUCACGGCUGACGGCAAACACUGUAAAUUGAGAAACCCCUGUACGGAGAGGAAUGGCGGGUGUACGCACACAUGCCGUAGCGUGGGCGGGCAUGCUGUGUGCGAGUGCCACAGAGGCUACAGACUGGCUCAGGAUCAGAAGAGCUGUGAAGACAUUGAUGAAUGCGAGACUGGACAAGCUGCUUGCGCCCAUGAUUGCCGAAACACCCCAGGCUCCUUCUCCUGCAUCUGUAAUCCAGGAUAUGAACUGGGCUCUGAAGGCAGGAAGUGCUAUCGCAUUGAAAUGGAGAUAGUGAACAGUUGUGGCUCCGGAAACGGGGGAUGCUCACAUCACUGUCAGCAUGGUCUACAAGGGCCCGUCUGUAGCUGCAACACAGGGUACCAACUUGAUGAAGACCUCAAAACUUGUUUGGACUUGAACGAGUGUGCGGAGGGGAGCUCAUGCUGUGAACAAGACUGCACCAACUACCCCGGAGGUUAUGAGUGCUACUGCAGGGCAGGGUACAGACUCAACUCUGACGGCUGUGGAUGUGAUGAUGUGGAUGAGUGCCUCUCUGAUAAUGGUGGUUGUGAAAACAUAUGCCAGAACACAGCUGGGUCCUACCAGUGCUUCUGUCGUCUUGGACAGCGAUUGGCUGAAGACCGGCACUCCUGCAUCCCUCUAGAGAGGGCAGUUGAAGCACUGUCCAGUCGUUUGGCUGUGGAAAGGCCGUUUCCACAGGUGACUCUUCUGCAGGACUAUCCUCAGGCUUUGGAGAGAUAUGAUGAUUAUGAAGAGGACAGCUUUGGAGAGCUGCGGGCGGAGAGCACCAUUAUAGAGAAAUAUGUGUGCCUUAAUGAGACGUUUGGGCAUGACUGCAGCCUGUCUUGCGAUGACUGCUCUAACGGUGGAUUGUGUAAUUUGGAGAAGAAUGGAUGUGACUGUCCUGAUGGCUGGACGGGAAUCAUUUGUAAUCAGACCUGUCCUGAGGGCACAUUCGGCAGAAACUGCUCCUUCACCUGUAAAUGUAAGAACGGGGCCAUCUGUGAUCCAAAGAGUGGAGUCUGCAAAUGCCCACCAGGGGUCAGUGGAGAUAUGUGCCAGGAUGGCUGUCCUAAGGGCUUUUACGGCAAGCACUGCAAUAAGAAAUGUAACUGUGCCAACAAUGGACGCUGCCAUCGCACAUAUGGAGCCUGUCUGUGUGAUCCAGGCCUCUAUGGGAGGUUCUGCCACCUCUCAUGUCCCAAAUGGUCCUACGGACCUGGCUGUUCAUCUGAAUGUCAGUGUGUGCAGCAGAACACUCUGGAAUGCCACAGACGUCAUGGAAAUUGUGUGUGUAAACCUGGCUAUCAGGGCAAAACAUGCAGUGAAGAGUGUGGCAGUGGAUACUACGGCCCGGGAUGCAAGAAAAAAUGCCAGUGUUCAUCAGGAAUGCCCUGCCAUCAUGUGACCGGACAGUGUCAGUGCCCAUCUGGGUGGCAUGGGGAGAGCUGCGACCAAGAAUGUCCGCAGGGGAAGUUUGGAUCUGGCUGCUCCCAAUCCUGUGACUGUAAUGGAGCAGUGUGUGAUUCAGUGACUGGACUCUGCCGCUGUCCUGCUGGAACAACGGGAGAGCGCUGUGCUGAAGAGUGUAAGGAGGGGCGCUGGGGCCUGGCCUGUGCAGAACUGUGUCCUGCCUGUGAGAAUGGAGGGGUGUGUGAUAAGCAGAACGGAACCUGUAUGUGUGAGCCGGGAUACACUGGAACACACUGUCGGACUGUCUGUCCAGCUGGAUGGUUUGGGUUGGGUUGCCAGUUCCAGUGCUCUUGUAAGAACGGCGGACGCUGCCAUCCCUCCUCAGGCCUGUGUGCAUGCAAGGCUGGCUGGACUGGACCCAGCUGUGAGAAAGCUUGUCAGCCAGGCCAGUGGGGAGCAGACUGUGCUAAUGCGUGUAACUGUACGAGCUGUGCAGCCGGCUGUGAUGCAGUUACUGGACAGUGCCACUGCCAGGCUGGCUACACUGGGACCUACUGUGAGCUGAAGUGUUCUGAGGGUUUUUUUGGCCCAGGCUGUCGUCACCAGUGUCAGUGUGAAAAUGGUGCCAUUUGUGAGCCUGUGGGUGGAGCUUGCACUUGUUUACCAGGCUGGACUGGGACAUACUGUGAAAAACCCUGUCCACAGGGCUUCCAUGGACUUGAAUGUCAGCACAAGUGUGAAUGCCUGAAUGGUGGCCAGUGUCACCAUGUGACCGGAACCUGUGCGUGUCCAGCUGGCUGGAUCGGCCCACGCUGCACUUCUAAAUGCCAAGCGGGCUUGUACGGCCCUGGCUGUAAUCAGAGCUGUAACUGCCACCAUAAUGCCAGCUGUGAUCCUACCAGCGGACAGUGCCAGUGUGGGCCAGGCUGGACUGGGCCGACCUGUGAGCAAGAAUGCUCGUUUGGCUUCUAUGGGCUAGACUGCCGCCAGCAGUGCCUGUGCCAGAACGGUGGGUCGUGUGACAGGAUCAGUGGGCACUGCACGUGUUCCAGUGGAUGGACUGGGGUGGCGUGUGAACUUGAAUGUGCUCCAGGGCACUUUGGUGCAGAUUGCCAGCACACAUGUGAAUGUGAGAAUGAGGGAGUGUGUGACCGGCACGAUGGAACGUGCUCCUGUCCAGCAGGCUGGGUGGGCCAUCGCUGUGAAAAGGCGUGUGAAGCAGGGAAGUUUGGUCCUGGCUGUCAGAGGCAGUGCAGGUGUGAGCAUGGGGCUGCCUGUGACCACAUCACUGGAGCCUGUGCGUGCCCACCAGGGUGGAGAGGACUCCGCUGUGAGAAAACCUGUUUGCCGGGCUAUUAUGGGAAGAGAUGCUCUCAGCGCUGUAAGUGUCCCCAUGGCACCUCCUGUAACCAUGUGACGGGCGAGUGCGGCUGUCCUCCUGGCUUCACCGGCAGCGGCUGUGAGCGGACCUGUCAGCCGGGAACGUUCGGAGUAAACUGUAAUCAGGUGUGCCAGUGCUCUGAGGUGAACCAGCUGUGUGAUCCUGUCGCUGGAACCUGCUACUGUGCACCAGGAUAUCGUGGUGAAAAGUGUAAUGUAGAGUGUGAGGAGGGUCAUUAUGGUCCUAAUUGUGAGCGUAAAUGCCAAUGCCUCAAUAACGGGGUGUGUCAAGCCACUACUGGCACAUGUGUCUGCCCUCCAGGGUACAUCGGACCAGACUGCAACAUCACGUGUCCAGCUGGGUGGUAUGGGCAGGACUGUGCGCGGGUGGCGCUGUGUGGUGACGGGGCGAGGAGUGAUCCAGUGACGGGUCGGUGUGUGUGUAAAGCUGGUCAGCGAGGAGAGGACUGUGGGCAAGGCUGUGCUCAGGGCUGGUUUGGAGAGGACUGUGCUCAGCGCUGUAACUGCAGUAAUGGAGCAGUGUGUGAUCCUGUAAACGGAAACUGCACGUGUGGUCUGGGCUGGACUGGAGACAGAUGUGAUACAGAGUGUCCCACGGGCCGGUAUGGAGCUAACUGUCUGCAGCAGUGUGACUGUCACAACAACAGCACGUGUGACCGGGUGACGGGGGAGUGUGUGUGUGAUCUGGGAUACUAUGGUCAUUUCUGCCAACAUGUUUGUCCGCAGGGUUUUCAUGGCCACCGCUGCCAGCAUCUGUGUGACUGCCACGGCAAGGCCACGUGUGAGCCCAGCACUGGAGACUGUCUCUGCCCUCCAGGUUACCAAGGAGAACGCUGUGAGAGAGAGUGUGAUCAGGGCUGGUUUGGGCUGGACUGCGCUAAGACCUGUGAUUGUGAUGGAGACACACCAUGUGACCCUGUAAGCGGCAGAUGUCUGUGUGGACCAGGAAAGAUGGGAAGGCGCUGUGAUAUAUCCUGUGCACUGAAUCGUUAUGGUCCGGAAUGUCUGGAAAGCUGUGAGUGUGGGAAUGGAGCACAGUGUAAUCCACGAAACGGGCGGUGCACGUGUCUAAAUGGCUGGAUAGGACCAAACUGUCAAGAGGGCAGCUUUCUUACGUCUAAUCAUCACAUUCACAGAAGCAAAAAGAAGGAUCAACCACAACCCAGAUCACCAGUAUAACAGCUCCAGAAUCUUCAUUUAGCCUCACAGCAAACCAAACAAGUGCACUACAAAAACCUUGGGAACACUUUAUUACAGUACCUGAAGAAACUUGAUCGUGCUGAUGGGAACUUUUUUUUUUUUUUUACAUUUGCAUAUAUUUCCAGACCAGCACUGUACACUGCAACAUAUCUAAGGACUCCCUGUUAAGGAGAAACAUGAAAAGCGGAAGAGAGGAACACUGAAGGAGUAUGUUCACGGAAAGCCCAAAUCUUCCUGAGACAAUGGAUAGAUAAAAAAAAUUGUGUGAAACAUAUAUAUUUAUAUACAUGAAUGAGCAACUCUGGUAAGCAUUACUUAUUGUUUGGCAUUUGUAAGAAUAAAAGUUUCUGGGCAACACAGUAUUUAACAUUUUCUAAGUGAAUAUAAGAAAAUUACUGUGUUUUUUUUUCCAACAUAAAAAUUGUGCUCUAAAAAAAAGAAAAGUGCCAUAGUAAAAUUUGCUGUAACUGAUUUUCACCUAGAAAAUAAGCAAAAUAUAAUUUAAAUGAGAAUGCCCAGGCUUUUACAAAUGUCAUAUCUCACUUUCUUUAGAGAAAUUGUCUUUCAAAACAUAUCAUGUGCACAGAAGUGUGCAGUGUGAAUAUAGGGCAGCAGUUGUGAUUUGUUUGUUUGUUUUUUUAAUGGCAGGUUAUUCACACAUCGUUAAUUAAUUUGUACUGAAUUAUGCAACAUUUCAUAUGGUAUGUACAUAAAAAGUGUAAUAUUCAUUUUUGAAGCAAUAUAUACAUUUGUUCUUCUUUCUGCAUGUGUCGAAGUGUAUAAUAAGUACUGUAAAUCAUAAUUGCUAAAAUCCUCCGUACUGUAUAAGAACUGUUACUGUUUAUAUUGUUACAUUUAUAAAAGAGUAUUUUGUCAAGUGAUGUAUUUUUCUAUAUGAUCUGUAUCAAACACAGAUCAGCACAGGCAGUUGUUAUUUGUGUUCGGUAUCCACAAACUGAAAAAUGAGCUAUGCAUUUUGUGUGGCCCUCCCACCACCAUGUUUCACAUAUUUCAAUACCGGAGAGCCGUUUUAAGCAGGGAUAAAUACAGCACUUCUGUUUCUUUUCAGCUGUAAAUAGUGCUUUGAAAUAAAGCUUUCUUUGUGUAAAA